UCCUCAGGCCAGCCAUCAGUCUGCUGCUGCUGCUGCUGCACCGGAGGAGGUCGGAUCUCCUCUCCUCACCGCGGGGCUCCUCUGCUCUCCUCUCUCUCUCUCUCUCUCUCUCUCUCUCUCUCUCUCCUGCACCGGACCAAACCUGACCAUCGUCCCCGGCCUCUGCGCAGCUUCGGACGGCCUCAUACUGUCUGUGUUGUGUUGUGUUUGGCUGCAGUAAACGAGGAGGAGACGAGGGGGAGAUAUUUGUGUGUGUGCUGCUACUGUUUGGUCCUCUCUGGGAGGAGCCAGUUGUUGAUUCUACGCUGCAAAAGAGAAGAGAAGGCGCCGCACACAGAGGAGGGUAAGGGACUGCUGGCAGUGAAGAGGAGGCCUAAAACGAUGAAGGACAGUCAGCCAGUUCAGCACUAGCUCAGACCAGGAGAACUGCAGUGGAGGAGGAGGAGGAAGAGGAGGACCGAAGAGAGACAAAGUAAAAAUCACAUGACCUCGGAAAGGCUCCAAAUUAGUGAUGCUCCCCUCGGGCAGGGAUUACCUCCUCCUCCCCGUCGUCUACCUCUCCAUCUCUCCCGCUCUUCCUCCCUCGCACUGCAGAGCAGCCGCCCAGCUCCAAGACUCUGAGCCGUGAGAGCUCGCUGUGCUCACCCACGCACGCGCGCGCACACACACACACACACACACACUCACAAACACUCUCUCUCUCAUACGCACACACACAAACACACGCACGCUUCUGCAUCCUGCUCAUGGUCGUUGGCCCGUCCUCCUCUGCUGCUGCUCCCGCUCCAGUUCGAGACCAUGAAGAGGCCCAAGCAGCAGACGGGGCCGCUGAGCUUCCUCAACUUCUUCAGCAGGAAGCCCAAAGCGGAGCCAAAGCCCGAGAGGCCGGUGGACGCCUGGCCCAGAGAGGAGGUGGCCAUCACGCUGACCCCGAGCGAGCAUCCAGAGCAGGACCUCACAGCAGAAGAGGCUGGAGGAGAAAGAGGAGAAGGAGGAGGUCCGCCACCAGCGGCGGCGGCGGCAGCGACGGCGGCGGCGGAAGCAAGUGAGGACGGUGCCACCGCCACAGCCGAGUGCGUGGGCGGGGCCAGCAGCGGCUCCACCGGCGUCCUGUCCCUCUCCAACUCCAGCCAGGAGCAGCUACUGGACGAACACCUGGAGGAGUGCCCACUGUGCCUGCUCAGUCAACCUCGUUGCCACUUCCCACGACUCUCCUCCUGCUCCCACCGGACGUGCUCCGACUGCCUCCGUCAGUACCUGCGCAUCGAGAUAUCGGAGAGCCGGGUGGGCAUCGCGUGCCCGCAGUGCCCCGAGACGCUGGCGCCCCUGGAUGUCCGCGCCAUCCUGGACGACCGGGCGCUGCUGGAGCGCUUUGAGGAGUACCAGCUGAGGCGUUUCCUGGCUGCUGAUCCAGAUACACGCUGGUGUCCUGCGCCUGACUGCAGCUAUGCGGUGAUAGCUUACGGCUGUGCGGAGUGUCCCAAGCUGAGCUGUGGCCGUGAGGGAUGUGACACAGAGUUCUGUUACCACUGUCGGCAGCUGUGGCACCCCAACCAGACGUGUGACCAGGCUCGGCGGCAGCGAGCUCGCCACACCUCGGGCGGCAACGAUGCCUCCACGCUGUACGUCUUCAAUGAAGAACCUGGAGGAGAUGCAGAGGAGAUCAAAGCGUGCCCUCGCUGCGGUGCCUACAUCAUGAAGACCAACGAUGGCAGCUGUAACCGUAUGAACUGCACUGUGUGUGCCUGUCAGUUCUGCUGGCUGUGUAUGCAGGAGAUCACCGAUGUGCACUACCUCAGUCCCUCAGGAUGUACGUUCUGGGGGAAGAAGCCAUGGUCUCAAACCCGCAAGGUUCUGUGGCAGGUGGGCAUGUUGCUCGGAGCGCCGGUGGUCAUCUCCCUUAUAGCGGGCAUCGCCAUCCCAGUCAUCAUUGUGGGCAUACCAAUCUACAUGGGUCGCAAGGUCCAUGGUCGCUGUAAGAAAAACAAUAUCUCAGGAAGUAAGCACUACUUGACUGUGGCAAGUGGGGUGAUGAUGUCAGUGUUUGUGUCUCCGGUCAUAGCAGCUGUCACUGUGGGUGUAGGUGUGCCGCUAAUGCUGACUUAUGUCUACGGGGUCGUCCCCAUGUCGCUCUGUAGGAACGGUUGGUGUCGACCGCAGAAUGAGCCCCCUGAAACACACAAAAUCCAACUCGAGGACUUAGCCAGCUAUCUUCUAUUCUCUCAUGUAGUCAGUGACCACUGGACGGGUCAGAAGAACUCAUCGCUCAGCGACACCAGCGUCCAGGAAGUCAGAGUCAGUGUACAGGAAGUUGGCGUCCUGCCCAGUACAAGCACCACGCCCCCGGAGCUAGAUAGCUAUGAGGAAUUGGAUGAAGCCACGAAACACCACGGAUACACCCAGCAGGACAGCCAAUCAGACUGCGAGGUGGUUAUUGUGCCUGACAGCAAGCUCGAAGACACACAAGCGCUUCCUUUGAGGGAAGGAACCAAUAUUGAGGUCCGUGUGGAAAUUGAGACCCAUCCCAGAGGCGCCCGCCAUUCCAGCCUAAGUAGCAUCCUGUCUAGCCGAAGCUUGUCAGCGGAGUCUCUGGCACACUCGCAUCCCCAGUUCCAAGACUACCUGCGUGCCUCAGAACUGGAUGAAAGACGAGAGGGGGGAGGAGAGGGAGGAGGAGGAGGAGGAGAGGAGCAGGAGGGAAGAGAGAAACCAGGAGGGGAAGCAGGAGGAUACGAAGGGACAGUUUACCCAGUCUUUGAAAUAGACAGUGUAUGAGGCCCUCCAGUGCAGGCUUUGUACUUGGUUGAAGAUAAGUCAGGUUUUAUGGAAACAGAGAAAUCCAUGAGCUGACGUGUCGAUGCUGGAUUGACCUGAAAAUCGUUGGCCAAGGCCACCUCCUGCUUCCAAGACGGGCCCUCCCACCAGUUGCCUUCUAGCUCCAGCCUCUAAAGGAAGACGCGGGUUUAGAGAGAGAAAAUGAAAUAAGAGUGUGUGAGUGUGUGUAUGAGACAAAUAGCAAGAGACUAUGACAUAAACAUCGGAGGGGGAUACACUGUAAAGCAGGCAGGAUAGCAUCCAUCAAUGAAUCUUAAACGGAAGUGACUGAGAGCAUGUUUUUUUUUCUGUGUUGUCCUUUCUGAAAUAGACUACUUUACACCCCCUCGAUCAUGAAUCUACUUCAUGAGGCCCCUCUCUUCGUCUGGCUGUACUCUUACACUUCUUUUAGUGACCUCACCUCUCUCCCCUCACAAAUAAAGACCCCUCCCCACAACAAGCAUGAUUUGUUUUAUGGGGGAAUAAGAAUCUAACAACUUGUCGUGUCAGCAAAUAGACAUCACAUGCUUCCCAAGCCAAGACAGUAGGGGUGAUUUUUUUUAAAAAGAAUAUCUCCGGUAUUUUAAAGAAGCAGUGGUCACACCUGAAUUGGACAAACACACGACGCAUGCUGCACUGUUCGAUUACUCUUUCAUGAACCAGUUGGAAAAUGACAUCUGGAAACUGUUGAAGCCUGUAAUUGUUGCUCUCUAUUGGAGUAAAAAAGUGCUCUGUGACAUUAUGGCAGUGAUUGGAUCGACUGGCUGGCUUAUAAAUACCAUUAAUUAUAACUAUUAAUCUCAAAUCCACAGUCUUCCAUGGAAGCAGACAUGAGGCAAUGUCACUUUUGCAUUGUUUUAGUGCAGCUUUUAGCCCUCAAGAGGCUAUUUCCUUUUAAACUGCAGUCUUUUUCUGACGAGUCUUAAAUUUAAAAGUAGCUGCAUGAUUCUACUUGCUGUGUAUCCAGGAUAACUCAUGAACACACACAUACACACAUAUAUGCCCACACACAGCAGUCAGUGUAGUUGCAGUAGUGUGCGCUGCUGAGAGCAUUAAAUAUAAACCUAAAAACCCUCUCAAAUGAUCACAGAGCACCAAAAUUACAACAGCAGCAUGCCACCUCAGGCUAAACUCUAAUAACCCCUACUAGAUGAUCUAUGAGAAACACAUGACUAUACAUGCUCUGCUUAGCUUCCUGAGUGUGAAAUACUUGUGAGAGAGAUGAACUCGGACAUGACAUGUUAACCUGUGCUGGGUUGUGGAGAGAAAUUAAAUAAAGAUUUCACCAUGAAGGACAAAAACACAA